CAAAGUUGUUGCUACGAGUCUUUGCAAUUCUUCGUUGUUGAUGUUGCUCGAAGUCGUGGCGACCCCGCUCCCUCGCGGCAAUUUGUAAAUACUUGUAAGCGGUAGGUUCCGAAAUUAGUCUUGGCGGGACCUCUUUAAGAAUAACCGCUCUCGCCACCACCGCUGCCAGUCUCUGCACACUCCAUCAAACGAACGGCGGACGCCAUGAUCUCGGCCGGCAAAAUGCAGACUCGGUGCCCGGGGUGCCGUGCACAGCUUUUGAGCUUCUACGAUGCCCUUUUGCUGCCGCGCGCCCGGCCGUCCCAGCCGCUUCUGCGUCGGCGCGUGCACGCGCCCACAGCAGUCUCCCAUGCAGCGCCUGCCGCGUCUGCAGCCCGGCCCUGGCGGGCAUAUUCCAACAGGCAAUUCUCGACAACCAGGCCCGCCCGACAGGAGCCGACACGAGAGGAUAACCUGAGCGCCGAGCCGCCGAGUACCGAGCCGCCGGGCACCGCCGCGCCCCCCUCCAGAGACGAAAUCGAGACGAUCGUGCGCCAGGCAAGGCAGACCUUCGGCAACACGCUGCCCCCCGACUACCUGUCGCCCGAGGAAUACAAGGUGUACGAGAGACUGUACGGGCCCCCGCUGCGCGAGACGCGGCCCGAGGAUGUUGGCAUUCCCUUUCCUAGUGGAGGAGGCGGGGCGGACACCAACGGCCAGCAUGCCCUGCUGAGAGAGACGGAGGACGGCCUGCUGGAGGAGGUCGAGUACACCAUUGAUCGCUCGACUGCGAUCGAGGCCGAAGAGGAGGUAGCGGCUGAGAUUGAUGAAGAGGAUGCCGAAGCUGCUGAGGCUUUGGAGGCAGUGGACCUGUCUGCUCCGCCGAGCGGGGACCGAAUCGACUACCUCAAUGUGAUAGCCAACAACCAGCGCGAGUACGAUGCGCUGUUGAAGUUGCAGCGCGACUUCGAGGCCGCUUCGCUGCUGCCGGCCGAGGAGAUCCAUGAGGAGGAGAACAUCAUCGAGGAGGACGAGCCGCGCGAGGAAGACGAGAUCGACGAGGACGAGGGCGAGCCGGAUGCCACUUUUCUGCCAGGCGACGACGCACGGCCUAACGAGCGACAAGAGCGGCUGCACGCGUACACCAGGAUGGGCCAGUUCAGGACGAACCCCAGCACGGUACAGCUUCCGAAAGUGACCUUUGUCGAGCCCAUCACCGCUUUGCUUGCCAGGACCGACAUUGUGCACGUCAAGGCGGCUGCCGAGCGCGCUCUGGGCGGGCCCGGCCUGCCUCACGGUCCGACGACGCCCCCGGCCAGAGCCAACCUGCCGCAAAAGGGGAUCCUGAUGCAGGCGGGCCACCACAGGAUGUCGCAGAUCGAAGCUGAUGCCUACCUCGCCGCUGUACUUCCGGGUCUCUACGCGACCGUGAGGAGCGUCCUGGUGGAGGUGCGCAAGCGCCUCGGCGAGGAGUGGCUGAAGGGACUCCUCACCCGGCCCGAUGGGACCGGGCCCCGCGUGCUCGACGUCGGCGCGGGCGGCGCGGCGCUGGCGGCGUGGCAGGAGGUGCAACAGGCCGCCUGGGAUGUGCUCCGGGAAAAGGGGGAGGUCCAGGGCAGGGAGCCUCCGGGCAAGAAGACCGUCGUUGUGGGCUCUGAAAACCUGCGACAGCGCGUUUCCCGGUUCCUGGACAACACGACCUUCCUACCUCGUCUUCCCAACUACGUGCACUCGGUCGAAACAGCGGAACGCCAGCUCGACUCUGGCGGCGGGGCUGCGCCGCGCAAAGUCUUUGAUAUCAUCAUCGCAUCUCACCUGCUGAUGCCGCUGGACAAGGAGUACAAGCGCAAGGAGCUCCUGGACAAUCUCUGGACCAUGCUCUCGCCGGAAGGCGGCGUGCUCAUCGUGCUGGAGAAGGGACACCCGCGAGGCUUCGAGGCUGUGGCCAACGUGCGCGACCGCAUCCUCGAUGAGUUCAUCAUCCCGCCCUCGACGCAGCCGCGCGCCGAGAUGAUCCAACCGGAAACAGAGCGCGUGCGCGAGCCGGGCAUGAUCAUCGCGCCGUGCACCAACCACGGCAAGUGCCCGAUGUAUCUCACUCCCGGCCUCAGCCAAGGCCGCAAGGACUUCUGCCACUUCAGCCAGCGUUACAUCCGGCCUCCCUUCCUGCAGAAGAUCCUCGGCGCCUCGCACCGCAGCCAUGAAGACAUCAGGUUCAGCUACCUCGCGGUGCGGAGAGGCGCCCAGCCAGACACGGCGCCGUCGUCGCAGGGCGCACCCGUCUUCCUACAAGGCAAGGAGGCCGCAGACAGGGCCUUCGCGGGCUACGAAAACGCCACCAGCUCCGACGCACCGCACCCGCUCUCGCUGCCGCGCAACAUCCUGGCGCCGCUCAAGCGGCGCGGGCACGUCACGCUGGACCUGUGCACGCCGGCCGGCACGAUCGAGCGCUGGGUGGUGCCCAAGUCGUUCUCCAAGCAGGCGUACCACGACGCGCGCAAGGCCGCCUGGGGCGACCUGUGGGCGCUCGGCGCCAAGACGCGCACCGUGCGCGCCGUCCGCCUCGGCCGCGGCGGGCCCGCCCCGAACGACGGCGGCGUGCGCGCCCGCGCCGCCGCCGCCGCCAACCGCAAGAGGCCCGUCGUCGUCGACGUCAAGGUCGAUCCCAAGCUGGGCAUCGUCGGCACGAGGGAGCGCCACCCCGGCGGCCACGCGCCGGUCGAGCGGCGCACCAAGGGCGGCAGGCGGGUCAAGCUUGAUGAUUUGAUGGAGGAGCUGGGCGCCGACAAGCUGGAGGACCCGGAUGAUGCGGAGGAGGCCGAGUUCAGGCGGAGCGUGAGGGACGGAGGGGAGUGAGGGGUCGGUAUGAUUGUGGAUGUGCUUGUGUGCAUGUGUGAGUAUGUACCUGUACAUUAUGGAGCAGCGGCGUACAAAAUGCUGGUCGCGCUCCUUGGGGCGCUGUACAUUACGAAAAUUCGGAGGAAGUUGUCUGUGUGUAUGUACACUAGUUAUUCCGUACUGUGGUCGCACUCUUCAUCUUCGCAAGGAAACCCACGAAAGGAAGGUCGUUGCACAGCACCCUACUACGAACUAAGACUAACAGUUAUUGAACUAGUGUAGUGUAGUGUAUAUGCGGAUUACCUUACUGUGUAGUUAACGAGUGGAC